AUGGAUUACAUCCGAGUGGCUAAAGUCCCGGAUGUGACUCUUGUCGUGGGCAAGGCGAGCCAUCAGGGCACCCUGCACCUGCUUUCCCACCAUAUUCUGUUUUGUCCGUCAAAUGGCGAACCAGAGAUUUGGUUGAUCGCGGUGGCCUUGCUCAGGGACAUGGGUGCCGUUGUAUUCGCACAAGUCAAGCUGGGAAAGCAGAUAUCCUCGGUCGAUCAACUAUAUGCGUUCUUCUACAAACCGCUCCAUCCGUUCCCGAUGGCGGUUGGAUGGACGAUCUACGACCCCAAACAGGACUAUGGGAGAAUGGGAGUCGGCACAAAGACAAACAACUGGCGCAUCAGCGCUAUCAAUCAGGAUUUCCAGUUUGCUCCAACGUAUCCUCGCUACUUGGUGGUGCCAUCGCGCAUCAGCGAUCACACCCUGAAGCAUAUUGGCAAGUUUCGAAGUAAGAGCCGUAUACCCGCUUUGAGCUAUCUUCAUUCAAACAUGAUCUCCAUCACCAGAUCAAGCCAACCGAUGGCUGGAAUCAAACAGAAUCGCUCGGUUCAGGACGAAAAGCUUGUGGAAUGCAUCUUUUCCUCGGAUCAAAUCAACCCAUCGCCAUAUGUGAACCUCAGCCACAACGUCAUUAUGGAUGCGCGGCCGAUGGCAAACGUCAUUGCGCAGACGGCCAUGGGAUCGGGCGCCGAAAGCUCAGAGAACUACAAGGGCUGCAGGAUCAUGUUCCUGGGGAUCGAAAACAUCCACAUCGUUCGUGACAGCCGGAACCGGCUUUUUGAUGAGUCAAGACCUGUCUCGAAGAGCUCGCUCGACCGGUCGGGCUGGCUACGCCACGUUCGCACAAUCAUUGACGGCGCUUCGUUGAUUGUUCAGAAUGUGGAUAUCCACAAGAACCACGUACUGGUCCAUUGCAGUGAUGGCUGGGAUCGCACCGCACAGCUGUGUUCCCUGGCUUCCAUGUGUCUGGAUCCAUACUAUCGCACCCUUGAGGGCUUUUGCGUGCUGAUUGAGAAGGAGUGGAUUUCAUUUGGCCACAAGUUCAGCGAUCGACUGGGCAUCAUAUCUCGCGAAAACAACGACUCGUCCGAGCGCCCCCAGACCAUGGGCCAGCAGCUUCACGCGCAGAGCAAGCUGUUCUCGUCGUCGAUAUCGUCCGCAGCCAAGAGCCUUUUCAAGCACGCGAACGACUCGGCGCCAUCGCUUUCGACCCACUCUUCAUCGAUGCCAAACAAGCUGAUGCCACGAGAGGUUUCUCCUGUCUUCACACAGUUUCUGGAUUGCUGCUACCAGAUAUGGCGGCAGUUUCCGACCCAGUUUGAGUAUUCGGACAAGCUCUUCCUGGCCCUGAACGACCACAUCUACUCGUGCCAGUUUGGGACGUUCCUGUUCAACAACGAGCGCGAGCGCCUGAUGUACCGCAGCGGCCAGAACCAACUUCCGAUUCAGGAUGUCGCCUUCAGCAUCUGGGAUUGGAUCCUCAGCAACCCAACCGAGUUCCUCAAUCCGGCCUAUGUUCCAUGUGCUUCUGAGCCGGCUUUUGUCGCCGAGGUUGGGACGAUGCAUUCUUACCGGAAGCUUUCGUGGCUGCCGCCCAUGAUCCACCAGAGGAUCAUGCAAAGCCACCCCAGAUCGCUCUCGAUAUCGAUCCCCUGA